GAAAAACUCAACACAGCUCUUUGAGCUUUCAACACGCCUUCAAGGCUUUUUAAGCUUUGUCGAUUUUCACGGACUUGAAAUUUUAUCAGUUGCUGUGCAGACCUGGUGAAGCAAAUUUUCAAGAUCCAUGAGACUGAAAAUUUUGCUGUAAGCAAAUUAAACAUGAAUGUAAUGUAAAUAAUUAAGGAAAAGAAAGGAAAAAUGCAUACAUAUGUGCAUGAAUUUAUGUGUUGAGAAGUGAUAGUUUUCCAAUUAAAUGAAAAAUUAUUUAGUGAUUCUUUGUGUAAUAACGGGAUUUUUUGAGUAAAUGUGUUAAUGAGUGCAAAUAUUUUUCCAUAUAGUGAAAAGUAGUCGAUUGAAAAAAUGAUUUUCUGGCGUUCAAAAGCUAUCUGCAGAUACGAUAUUUCGCAGGAGAAUAUAGAAAAAAGUUGCUUAACUUAAGCAAGCAAGCACAGCAAUCGAAUAUUCAGUCUGCAAGGCAUUGCGAUUUUCUGCCGGAUUAAGAAACAGUAUCGCAUACUUAUCGCCUCCACACAAAUCAUAACAUUAUUUUGAAGGGGCAAUAAAUUUGCAGCAAAGAAUUGGCAAAUGGCUGAGCAACAAAAACUUUCGCUUUGCCCACGCUUGGUGGACUAUAUGGCGAUUGUGGGUGCACGCAGCACUCCGCCCAUGCCGAAGGGAUUGUCUGGCAAUAAAACGCCACCCGUGCAG